UGCGCCAGAGAAACAAGAUGGCGGAGAGUGCGGAAUUGAAGCAAAUGGUGAUGAGCCUGCGUGUCUCUGAACUGCAAGUACUACUAGGAUACGCUGGUCGCAAUAAGCACGGGAGAAAGCACGAACUAUUGACCAAAGCACUCCACUUGCUGAAGGCUGGCUGCAGCCCUGCUGUACAGAUGAAGAUUAAGGAGCUUUACCGCCGCCGCUUUCCCACAAAAAUGGUGUCCCCGACAGACCUCUCUCUGCCUGGGGUCCACUCCACAACAGGUGUAGCGUCUGCAGGUUUGCCCGCCAGCCUCACCCAACUCGCCUUCGACAGCCACGGCGCACCUUCGCCUCUGCUGCCUGUCUCUCUCCUGGGGCCCAAGCACGAGCUGGGCCUUCCACACCUUCCUUCCGCCCUGCAUCCGGUCCAUCCAGAUGUUAAGCUUCAGAGGCUUCCUUUCUACGACGUGCUGGAUGAACUGAUCAAACCCACCAGCCUGGCCUCAGACAACAAUCAGAGGUUUCAGGAAACAUGCUUUGCAUUUGCAUUGACGCCACAGCAAGUCCAACAGAUCAGCAGCUCAAUGGACAUCUCUGGGACCAAAUGUGACUUUUCAGUACAAGUUCAAUUAAGGUUUUGCUUAUCAGAGACGAGUUGUCCUCAGGAAGAUCAUUUCCCACCAAACCUCUGUGUGAAAGUGAAUGGAAAGCCUUGUAACCUCCCCGGCUAUCUUCCUCCAACUAAAAACGGAGUAGAGCCAAAACGACCAAGCAGACCCAUCAACAUUACCUCUCUGGUCCGUUUAUCCACAACAGUCCCCAACACUAUUGUGGUGUCCUGGACAUCAGAAAUCGGCAGGAGUUAUUCCAUGGCAGUGUACCUCGUCCGACAGCAGUCCUCUUCAGUAUUGCUACAGAGACUACGGUCAAAAGGCAUCAGGAACCCAGACCACUCAAGAGCACUUAUCAAAGAGAAGUUGACGGCUGACCCUGACAGUGAGAUUGCUACCACUAGUCUGAGAGUCUCCCUUCUCUGUCCGCUGGGGAAGAUGCGGCUGAUGGUUCCAUGUCGAGCGCUGACCUGCUCUCACCUGCAAUGCUUUGACGCUACACUUUACAUCCAAAUGAAUGAGAAAAAACCCACAUGGGUGUGUCCAGUCUGUGACAAGAAGGCCCCAUAUGAACACCUCAUCAUUGACGGGUUGUUCAUGGAGAUCUUAAACAGCUGUGUAGACUGUGAUGAAAUCCAGUUUAAGGAAGAUGGUAGCUGGGCUCCUAUGAUAUCAAAAAAACUGGUGCAGGAGGUGUCUGCUUCCUCCAACGGCUUAGAGGGUUCGUGUCGACCAGUGCCAUCUGAGCACAGAAAUAGUUCAUCCCACAUCAGUAGCAACAAUAAAAAAGUGGAGGUGAUUGACCUUACUCUGGACAGCUCCUCAGAUGAUGAUAAUGACGAAGAGCCUCCUCCUAAACGAGCCUGUCCAUCUCUUUCUCCAACAUCACCACCAGUCACUAAAGGGGUAUUGAAUCUUCAUCAUCAGGCUUCGCCAGUGUCGCGCGCUCCGAGCAUGCCACCAGUGGAAACAAACUACAUUCCCCCGCCGCCUCCUCUCAUUCAGGACUACCGCCACUAUUAUCACACGCCCAGCGACCUGUCAGAUCUGAAUUUCUUUUCAUUUUUACCAGGGGAAAAUCCGCAUUAUAACAUGGUAAUGGCAGCAGCAGCUGCAGCAUCUGCCUCUGCAUCAGCGUCCGAAGAUCAUGAACUCCUCCGCUUCUUGCCCUAUAACUCCUCACAGCUGUACCUGGAGCAAGCAGGCACUGUACCAAGCAGUUCACUGGUACCACCCAACGGCAGUGCGGGCAGCAGUAGCAGCCUGCGGGACAGUCAUGGACACAGCAGUGUGUCACGCUCACGGUCAGACACUGCCGCCUCAGUCAUAUACGGCUCUAUCCCAGACGUCAUCUCACUCGACUGAGCAUAUUGGCACAGCAAUCCAAAGCCUCUCAGCACCACCCAUGGGAGAUAAAAAGCCUGGUGCGCUUCAGGAGGAUUUAGAGAUAAAUAAGGCAGAAGGCAAAGAGGGUGGGGGGAAAAAAGAGGACAAAUACCUUUGUAAAAAAAGAGGAAGAAGAAAAAGAAAACGCUGUACAGAGAAGAAAUAUCUAUUUUCAGUUUUACUUUUGUAUAUAAACUAUAGGACGCUGCCUGCCCAGUGAGUGACUUCAGUUCAUAUUUUUUGUGUGAAUACUGAAGGUGUUUUUUCACUUCUCCAUGUGCUGUCCCUUGACUUAAACUUAUUCUGUAUCUUUUAUACUAUUUUUGCUAUUUUAUUUCACCUCAAACACUUAUUUGAGUCCCAGUCAAUUUCACUUGUUUUGAGGGGUCAGUAUGUUAUUUAAUGACACUUUGUUGUGCAGGUAAUUUAUGAUGCUUUUAAGUUAUGUAGUUUGUAUGCUGUAUAAAAGCAUUUCCAGAUGCCAUUACAGGAUCUAGCCAUGAGGCACGCUCAGAACGGCAGACAUCUCUUAUUCCUGCUUUGCAUUUACCUCCAUCUAGCUUUCAAUAAACUAUGUGAAAGAGUUUUUUUUUUUUUUUCAGAUAUUUAUGCAGAGCUCAUGUUGCACACAUCUCCCAACUCAUGAACUCAUGCUUAUUCUUAUGCUAAUUAUUUGAGGCUAAGUAUUUUUGCUUUUGAGCAAUUUAUUACCUGGGGAGAAUUGUAAUUGAAGGUUUGGUACUACAGUGUGAUAAAUUUAUGAAGUGACUCAGUUAACCUAAGAAGUAUAUUUAGACGUCAUGUAGCUGCAGAACAUUGUUCAUGGUGUGCCAUCGAGCUUGUGUUUAAAUUACAAAUUUUCUGUUAAAGCGGAAGAUUAAGUUUUAAUGGUCUGUUCACAUUCGAUUAAAUUAGAUCUUAAUCUAAAUCAUCAUGAGCCAGACACUGGGAAACAAAAACGUUGCUAAAGAUUCUAUUGAUUGGAAUGAAAAUAAAAGAAAAAAAGCUGUGUUACAGUGGUCUGAGUUUAAGAGCAAUGAGACAGGUACCAGGAAGUGGUUAAAACAGCGCAUUCUGUACCUGCUGUUUCCUGUAUUAAAAGCUGUGUCAUGUGCUACUCUUCUACAACGUCAAGUUUUCAGGACUGUGAUGAUCAUCUCUUUGAAGGGAUAGAUUGACAUUUUGACAAUUAAUAUAUUUUGUUACUUAUAGUGAUGAAAUCUGUAUCAUCAAUAUAUCUAUAUAUACUUUGACGAUCGGGUCAUAAUAGCUUGAGAGGAAAUUUACAGAUAUUUUUUUUAGCCAAUAGAAAAACACUGAUCUUUAUUGAUAGUUGGAUGUAUGGUCUACAUGUACAUACAUAAGAACUUGAUCUUUGGACCUAUUUUCAACCAAAUCAACUUUUUCAAAGUGUGGUGCACACUUUAAAAAAAAAAUUUUUUAUUAUUGGCUUGGCAUUUUCUUUUUUAGACCGUUGUUGUAAAAGUGUUGUGCCUUGUUAUAUGGCUGGUCCUAUAGAUCUUCCUUUGGCAUGCAGAAACCUAAAAAUACGUUUCUGCUUACUGGCAUUCACCUUUUUUCUUCAUGUAGAAACAAGGUUUUAAUGGCCAGAAUGCUUAACUAUCAUUUUAAGUGACCUUUGAGUUUUAUUUAAAUGUUUGUUUUUUUCCUGGUGAGAUCACAGCCACAUCAUCUUUACCACCCUCUCUCCUCACUCUUGUUUAAAAAAAAAAAACAAAAAAAACUGAAUUUAUUUAUUUUUAAUCUAUAUAUAUUUUAGUAUUUGUUUGACAAUUAUCUUUACUGUUAUCGUACAUUUAUUUCAACAUUAAUUAUUUAAAAAGCCCUUGUCACAUGCUUUGCAUUGUAGCAAGCAUCUUAUUUGUCCUUGUGUUCAUUGUUCUGUUGUAUUAAUUUAUGUCUUUUCUGUUUAUUAAUUCUGUCUCCAGAAUUUAUAUGGUGUUGUCAGAUUUGACUAUUUCACUGCAAUUAAACACUUAAACAAUGAAAGCCAGCUGAGUGUGGGCAAACUCUGGCUCAAUUGUUAAAACCCCUUAAGAAAUGAUUUAUGAGGCUUACCGUAUGAUUUGUUUAGCCACUGACUCAUUAUGCACAGCCACUACUACCUGUAUAAAUGUAGACUUUUAUCAGAGUGUAGACAUUGAUUGUAGACACCAUCUACUGUUUCAUACAGGCCAACAUUUAUACAUGUAGUACGUCCUAAUUAUACUCAUUAAAUAAACAAAUGAGGGACCAUGACGAUCUUGUUUUUCACAAGAGAAGGUCUGCACUGGAAACUUAAUUUUGAUGAGGAAUUAGAUUACACUGAACUUAAGCCAUGAAAAUGAAGUAGUCCGUAUCUAGAUUCAGGUAGAAGCACUGUUUUGUUUUGCUUUUUGUUUUCCUAAAGAUCUGGCACACGGUGCCGUGCUCGACUGACAUUUCAACCAUUUCCAGGUUUCCAGACAGAAUCCUACCACUAGAAAAGCAACGUAGCCCAUUUUAGCUGUUCUGCUCUGUUUAUGGAUCCACAUUCGGGAAAGGGCAGUUUCUGGUUUAUUGCCCUCAAUAAAUAAAAGCACAAACCACUAAAGAAAUGUGUACCACCCAUUAAAGUAAUGGACUUCAUCCAAACCACACAACGGAAAUCAGCACAGCAGGGGAAUCCAUCAGGAUUGAGGAGGUCGUUUUAGUUCCUCCAGGCCAGUGAACGAGUGCUGUGUUUUCAUGGGCCGCUGCUAUACGAAGCUAAGUGUGUAAAAAUCAGUAUUAAGGACAAGCAAGUCAAAUACUUCAUUCAUUAUAGUGGAUGGAAUAAAAACUGGGACGAAUGGGUUCCUGAAAGCCGUGUACUCAAAUAUGUGGACAGCAAUCUGCAGAAACAGAAAGAGCUUCAAAAGGCAAAUCAAGACCAUUAUGUUGAGGGAAGGAUGAGGGGAGUUGCACCGAAUAAGAAGAUAGCUGCUGUGCAGCAAAAAAAUGUUGAUGUG